GGUCUUUACAAUCGGACUCGUAGAUCGCUUGAUGUUUAUAAAUCUUUCGCCACUCCCUCUCCUUUCCUACUCUUCACGUUGUCUGCUUCCAGAGGUUUCCCUCCACAGUAUUUGAUCAUCGUCAAUGGACAGACGAGGCUUGGAUUGUUGAAAUCUGAGAUUGGUGGCGUUAGAAGCAGAGGAAGGGCGUAGAUCCUGUAAUGAAUCAAUCCAUGAAUUCUAGGAGCAGGGAUUUCCGCGGUAAUAAAGCUGCUCUUUUUGAUGGCAUCGAGGAAGGUGGCAUCAGGGCAUCAGCUUCUUACUCCCAUGAAAUUGACGAGCAUGAUAAUGAAAGGGCAUUAGAAGGAUUGCAAGAUAGGGUCAUUCUGCUUAAGAGACUGUCAGGUGAUAUAAAUGAGGAGGUGGAUAGUCAUAAUCGGAUGCUAGAAAGAACGGGAAACGAUAUGGAUGCAUCUAGAGGAAUCCUGUCAGGCACCAUGGAUCGGUUGAAGAUGGUAUUCGAGACCAAAUCAAGCCGGAAAAUGUUUACACUUGUGGCAUCCUUUGUGGUCAUUUUCCUUAUCAUAUACUAUAUAACUAGGUAAUGUUGUGUAAGACUGUAAUCAAUGAACGAUGGAUUGGAUACAGCUGCUAGCUUUAUAUUGGGACUGUGACUGUGACUGUGACUGUGACUGCUGUGUUCAAUUUAUCUCAUGCUCGUAAGAUACUUUGGCAUGUUUGUAUAAAUACGUUCCAAUAUGUCAAUGUUUGUUGAAUUAAUGUCCUUGACGUGGCAGAAAAUAAGCCAUGGAGUCGCGAUAAA